AUGCUGCGGAAAAGCAAAGUAGAUGAAAAAGGAGACGGGGAAGGUGAUGAAAGAUUCUGGGACACGAUGCUGAAAGCUGACAGGAACGACUACGAGCGCAUCUGUAAUGAGUUUGGUGUUACAGACAUACAUUUGGUUCUGAAGAAGCUGAAAGAGAGGAAGGAGAAGGUGCAAAACAAGAGUGAGGAUGGUGUGAUUCUCUAUAAGGAAGAUGCUACAGAGAAACCCAGCCUUAAGGGUGCUGAGAGGACAAAUGGUUUUAAUGCAAACGGCCCAAUGCAGAAGGGCACAGGGCUCCAACAGGUGGACGGACAGGUCUACCUUUCAGACAGAGAACAGAGUCUGGUGGACGGACAGGUCAAGCUUUCCAACACAGGACUGAGUCUGGUUGACGGACAGGUCAAGCUUUCCAACACUGGACUGAGUCUCGUGGACAGACAGGUCAAGCUUUCCAACACAGGACUGAGUCUGGUUGACGGACAGGUCAAGCUUUCCAACACAGGACUGAGUCUGGUUGACGGACAGGUCAAGCUUUCCAACACAGGACUGAGUCUGGUUGACGGACAGCUCAAGCUUUCCAACACAGAACUGAGUCUGGUUGACGGACAGCUCAAGCUUUCCAACACAGGAAUGAGUCUAGUGGAUGGACAGAUCUACCUUUCCCAAGCAAUGAAUCAUCUGGUGGAUGGAGACAUCAAGCUUCCCCACACAGGACUGAGUCUGGUGGAUGAAGAGGUCAAGCUUCUCUAUUCAGAGUUCACACUUUGCAAUGUGGACUUUGUUAUAAAAAUUCAGGAGCUUAAAGUUCAAGAAAGAGAAGAUGCCCUCUUUGCGUGUGUCCUGACUCACCCACUGCCCAGGAUCUCAUGGAUGGGCAAAGGCAGCGCCCUGCAGGACGGAGAGAAAUACAACAUCAGCGUGUCGGACCAUAAACUGAUCCACCGGCUGCUGAUCAGAGACUGCAGCCAGCAGGACAGCGGCAUCUACUCAGCUGUGGCCGGCAUUACGUCCUGCAGUGCCUGGCUGGUUGUUCAAGCUGAGGGUGACCCUGCAGAUAGAGCCAGUAAAACCACCUUGGCUGGAGGAGCACCAAUCGACCUUGAGAAAGUGGCCAGAGAGCAACAAAUGAAAAACCAAGAGGAGGUGGAGAAGAUUUUAGCAGCCGUGAAAGCAAAACACGGAGAAGGAGCCCUGAAAGAAGGAAGGAUAUUAACAACUGGAAGAGACGGUGAAAUAACUACGGUCAAUGGACUGGGUCAGAACAGCAGAGCAGGAACUGAAGAGCAUAAUGCCACAACAAGUAGUGCUCUGUCCGAGCCAAAAAGGAAAGGGCACAAAGGGAAGGCAAAGAAAAAGAAGUCAAGGAGAGAUCCAGCCGAAACAACAUUAGAUGCUUCAGGGGGUGAAACACAAGGAGGAACCCAACUGAUAGAUGGCCCCAAGAAAAAGAAACACAGUAGAUCUGGUCAAGCGGAUUUUGACAAGGUAACAGACCAAGAUCCAAAUGGAUUAGGAAAUAACGACACACCAACGGAUAAUGAAGCAAUUGGCGAUGAUGCAGAAAUUGACGAUUCAGAAAGUCUGAGUACAUGUCCUGAAGGCCUCAAUGAGAGUGAAGAAACUGAAGGUGGAAAUGGCACUGCCAAACGUUCAAGGCGUAAAAGAAAAGGCCCACUGAUAGAAGACGUGGUGAUUGAUCCAGGGGUUCAUUUCAUCUGUGGUUUGUCUGAUGUCAAUGCCAUCAUCAAUGAGACUGCUGAGCUAACAUGUAAACUCAGCAGUGAGGACUGUGAGGGAGCCUGGUUCAGAGACGGGAAAAAGAUAUCUCCAGAUGACAAUUUCAGUGUCAUUAAAGAUGGUGCGAUCCAUAAAUUAGUCAUAAUCAGGUGCGAGGAAGAGCACACUGGGAAAUACCGCUUUGAGGCAGACCAUCGUAAAACAGAGGCUAUGAUCAACGUUAAAGAUCCCCCAAGGCUUGACCCUGAAGACCUCGGGGCUUUUACUGAGCCUGUGACGGUGAAAGUGGGCCACAAUGCAAUCUUCAAACUGCAUUUCGUUGGCCACAAACCCAUCAAGAUUAAGUGGUACAAAGAGGGAGAAGAGCUUCUAGAUGACAACACCACAAAGAUAGAGAAAUCUGCAAGUCACAGCCGCUUGCUGCUGAGCAGGUGCCAGAGGAAGGACACGGGAGAGAUCAAGAUUAAGCUCAAGAACGAACACGGCUUCAUCGAGGCAAUUUCCCAGUUAAUUGUUCUCGACAAACCCACUCCCCCCCUGGGCCCUGCAGAGGUAACUGAGAGCUCAGCUAAAUGUAUUGAGUUUAGGUGGAGGCCUCCAAAGGAUGUUGGAGGUUCACCAGUGACCAACUACAUAAUGGAGCGACAGCAGGUGGGACGAAACACAUGGAAGAAAUUAGGGGAAAUCCCUGGGGUGGUCAGCUACUGUGACACAAAUGUAGACCAUGGACGGAAAUAUUGUUACCGUAUCCGGGCAGUGACAGCGGAGGGUACAAGUGAAGUGAUGGAGACUGAUGAAAUGCAAGCCGGCACACUAGCUUUUCCUGGCGCUCCAGCGCCUCCAAAGGUGGUCAGUGCCUCUGACGACUGCAUCAAUAUUUCUUGGGCUGCCCCAAAUAAAACAGGAGGCUCACGUAUCCUGGGCUAUAUUUUGGAGAAACGCAAAAAAGGGAGUAAUCUCUGGACUGUUGUCAAUGCCAUGGAUGAAUUUAUUAAAGAAAAGAAAUUUGCAGUGAAAGAUGUCGUGGUAGGGAUGGAGUAUGAAUUCAGAGUCUCUGCCAUAAACCUUUCUGGAGUUGGAGAAUACAGCAACGCAUCAGACUUUGUUUUUGCACGGGAUCCAAAGAUGCCUCCUGGUAAAGUGAUAGGCCUGAAGGUGACGGAGACUUCUUACACCCAUUUUGUCCUGACCUGGACCAAGCCUGAGGAUAAACCUGGGGAACAGGAUGAAGCAAAGGGAUAUUUUGUUGAGAUUCGUCCUGCAGAUUGCAUUGAAUGGUCCCGCUGUAAUACCAUCCUCAUCAUCACCACUUCCUUCCGUGUGAAAGGCCUCAAGCACAUGGAGAUGUACUGGGUGAAAGUGAUUGCGUUUAAUGAUGGAGGAAAUGGUGCUGCAGAGGAGCUGCCCAACUAUGUCCUCGCAAUGCCAUCACCAGUGAGGCCAAAGUUCACGAACCACAAAAUCAAGAGUUUCAUGGUGGUGAAGGCGGGGAACUCUGUCAGGAUCACAGUGCACUUUGAGGCCUCUCCACGCCCGACUAUUACAUGGGUGAAGGACAAUGUGCCAGUGUCAAAGAGAGUUACAGUCAGUAACUCUGACGGCUCGUCCCAGCUGCUGAUCCCUUCCUCUGAGCGCUCUGAUUCUGGCAUCUACUCCAUUCUGGUGAAAAAUAUGGCAGGACAGGAGACAUUCAGUACAGAGGUCAGGGUCACAGAUGAUCCGAAGCCCCCUGGUACGGUAGAGCUGGAUGAAAAUGUGCCCGGCACGGUGACAGUGAUGUGGGAACCGUCUCCUGAUGAGAAGCGUGAUGACCGCCUCCACUACACAGUGUCAAAACUGGACUCCACUAAACGCACAUGGACCAUAGUGGCUGACAGACUCUUCAAUAACAGGUUCACAGUAUGCAACAUCAUGAACGGGAGGGAAUAUCAUUUCCGGGUGUAUGCCAAAAACGACAUGGGCAUCUCUGGACCGUCAGAGUCACCAACCUGUAGGAGGGAGAAGAAGAAAGAUAAAUUCAUGGUGUAUAUACCGACCAUUAAGGACUGUGAUUUGCGAUGUGCUCCAACCUUCAUUGUACCGUUGAAGUUUCACACUGCACCAAAAGGCUAUGAGUGCUACAUGAGCUGUGCAGUGAAGGGAAACCCCCCACCUCGUAUCACCUGGUAUCGGAAUCACAUCAGCCUGAACACUAAUACCAACUAUUACAUCUCCAACACGUGUGGAGUUUGCUCCAUGUUGAUUCUCCGCGUAAGCCCCAAAGACAUGGGGGAGUACACCAUCUCUGCAGAGAACGGCCUGGGACGGGCUGAGUGCUCCACCAUCCUCAGUGUCAGUGAGUGAAGACACUAAAGGCCCCACAAUAUGAGCAGUGUUUAUUUUAAAGUUUAGAUAUUUUACAUGUUUAAAUUGAAGUGUCG